AUGUCUAAAUUCACGUUAAACGUUCUUGAAUGUCAGUCGUUAGCCGGCAUUAGAAUUAAUGAUGACAGCUACUCCCAAGAUCCAUCUUAGCUACUCCUCAUGCUUGAAUACAGAACCUAACCUAAAAUAAAUAAUCAAGCAACAACACAAACUAACCCCUUUUUUAUAACAAUUUUUAAAAUGUUCAAAAUUCGAGAAUCUGUAGUUUCGAAUUGUGAGAAAAGUUUUUUAUUGAAAUGUUUAAAAGAACAUAAGAGAUUAGAUCAUAGGUCCUUUAGUGAAUUUCGUGAUAUAAGUAUUGAGUUUGGUAAGGAUUAUGGAUGUUGCUAUGUUUCAUUAGGUAAAACAAAAGUUCUAGCACAAGUAUCCUGUGAAAUACAAGUACCUAAAUCAUCUCGACCUAGUGAAGGUAUUUUGAAUAUUAAUAUAGAAUUGAAUCCCAUUGCUGCUCCAAAUUUUGAUAGUUUCAGUAAAAAUGACCUAUUCACCCAGUUGAAUAGAACACUAGAAAAAUGUAUAAAAGAUUCAAAAGCAAUCGAUCUUGAAUCCUUAUGCAUAAAAAUGAGUGAGAAGGCUUGGGCAGUAAGAGUUGAUAUAAAUGUAUUGAAUCAUGAAGGAAAUAUUCUUGAUUGUGCUUCCAUUGCAGCUUUGUCAGCAUUAUGUCAUUUUCGUAGACCAGAUAUUUCAUGUGAGGGUGACGAAUUUGUAGUUCUCAGGCAUGAUCAAAAGGAUCCUAUACCCUUAGUUAUACAUCAUUAUCCAGUUUGUAUUACAUACUCAAUAUUUGAAAGAGGAGAAUAUAUUUUGGCAGAUCCUAGCCUCCUAGAAGAAGGUGUUGCAGAUGCUUUUCUCAAUGUAGGUAUGAAUGCUUACAGAGAAUUAUGUGGCCUUCAUUUGGGUGGUAAAGCAGAAUUAACACCUGAUGUAUUGAUUAAGAUAACUCAGAUGGCUGGUGCUAGAGCCUCUAUAGUUGUAGAGCAAAUAAAGAAAGCUGUGGAAGUAGAUAACGAUAAAAGGAAAAAUAAAGAAACUAUAGGGUUCCAUACCAAUAUCAACAAAACAAAGGAGAUAAUAGGAGAACUUGAAUCAUGUUUUGAGUUGUGGACAACUGUACCUAAGAAAGAAAAAAAUUCAAUGAUCCAAAGUGACAACAUGGAAAUUGAUACACCAGCAGAAGAUGGGAAAUCUCCAAAAAAUUCGUGCAGAAUUGAACAAAAAGGAAGUGGUUCUGCUGCUUUGGUACCCGAGGAAUAUAAAGAAGUUGAUAAACAAUGGGGAGAAAGUAGUGAAGAAGAGUUAGAUGAUGAUGUUAUAGAAAUACCUAAAAAAAUUCAGUUGAUUUCUUUGGUCGACUCAGAUAGUGAAGAAGAGACUACAAUGGUUUUAAAUGCUAAGAAGACAAAAAAGAAAGGGAAAUAAGAUAUUUCACUUUUGGUUAUGUAUAAAUAAUGAACAAAAUAUAUAAUAUUUUUUAAGA